CUGCAUGAAGUUGGGAAGAAUUAAUUUUCAAUAGCUUUAUGGAUGCUUGGCAGAUUUCAGUCUCGUACACCUGUUGUGUUGGAUUGCUGUGGCCGUGUUCUGUGCUAUACAUCAGUAAUUCCCAAACUCGGUAGUGAAGCCCAAAGCAUUCAUGUGGAAGGUGAAGGAGGCUGCCCAUUCUCUCUCUGUAUGAUUUACUGCUCUGUCUUGGCUGCUUUCCAGUCAGCAUCUGCUUUUUUGGGGGGGUAGGAAAAACUCUUGCUGUGUAUUUGCAUCGGAGAGUAUAUUUUUGAUGCAGCAGAAUAAUCAUGUCCUGGAAGGGGGGCUGCUCGUUCUGUCUCUGUAAGAAUUACUGAUCUGCAUUUACUUCCUUCCAUUUAUAAUGCAUGUUCAGAAUAAUGAACAAGGAGUGCCAUCAAAGCAGUAUGUCAGUCAGUCAGGUUUUCAUCGUAGCCAAGGGCCACUAAAAUCUUCCACAAAAAACUAAGGCCACAGUCCAAGAGUACGUUAAAACAUCUAUUUUCAGUGAAAAGGUAGGAUGUUUUUCCAUACUUUGUCCUUUCUGCGUCCCUGUGUGUGUGUGUGUGUGUGUUUCAUUUUUAGCUGAUUUAAUACAGAUUUGUUUAACAUUACUAUUUUUUUUCUCCUUUAAAGAAUUCCUACGUCCUUUUAAGGGUAGAUGGCUUGCAACACUUAUUAGCUGCCUCCAUGUUUUCCUUAGCGGCAUAAAAUGGCGUAUUAAUAUUUUAAUAAAGGGGAUUUGAGGGGGGCAAAUGCACAGUAGCUGGAUCUCGGAGAUCUCCAGAAAAUGCCUUUUUAGUUUUGGAAGACACCUACUAUUUUCUGUUUUUUGAAAAUGAUUUAGGGUAGCCUUUGCCAACCAGGGACCCCUCAAGAGGCUUGCUGUGCUGAUAGCUGUCGUUAAAUUUAUACACUGCCCGUCCUCUCAAAGGAGCCCAGUUGUAGUCCAGAACAUCUGGCAGUCUGGCAAAGGCUGCUUUAGCAAGCUGGUUCCUUGUACUCUUACUUCAAGCAGGAACAAGAGAUGGGAUAACUGUGUGCUGGAGAGGUUGGCAUCUGAAGAAGGGAAGAUGACUUGAGAUAUAAGCCACAGUGGAUGGACCCCUACCAAGAGCUGACAGACAGGAAUCCUGUAGCAUUUUCUGCAGCCAAAUUGCAUCAUUUGUUCCCACAUUUGUUCUUGGGCUGCUUCCUCCAGCCAGAUCUAUUGGCAAACAGAAAGGUGUUUUCUGUCUGUGGGUCGAAUCUUGGAGCCACAUCAUGCAAUCGCAAGAAGUGGCAGGAAUCACAGAUUUGUGUGGACUGGCAUACCUGCUUUUUGUCACUUCUCAAACUGGGCUCCGGAUGCUAAAUACAUCACCCAAUCCAGCAUACAUGUUGCAGAGAUCUUGGUAAUCUGCUCAUCACUAUGUGCUUCCACAGUGAUGGUUUGUGUUAAAAGUUACCUCCAGAAUAUGUUGAAGAAAGUUAAAAUUACACAAAAGGGGGAGAUAAUGCACAAAUUGUAUGCAUAGCCUUCCUUGUGUGCUUAAUCAAUUCUGCAGCCCCGUAGCUGCCACCGAGGAACUGAAAUAUACCUGCGCCAAAAUUCUGCGCUGCAGACCAAUGACAUCCGCAGCGAACCUUUUCCCUUUCUGAGGGUUUAAGCUGAUAUUUUAUUAUUUAUUAACAUUACUAGAGCUCCUUCUGUCCACAAAGUGGUCCCAACCACUUACAAAACAGAAAUGCAACAUGUGACAUCAUAGAAACUUCCGUUGUUUCCCUUUAAGCCAAACUUAGAUUCAGGAAGGAGACGUCAACUUUUUGGUAAGCACCCAGAAGUUAGUGUGGUGUAUAAAGAGCCAAGCCAUCUAAAUUUCAUGGAUACUCAAUUCGGCCUGCUUGCGCUAUUAAGCAUCUGGAAAACAACGCACUCUCACUGAGCAUGCGCCACGGCUUAACCCAGGUAUGUAGCAUUCUGCUGCUAGUAACUUGACCUCUCGUCGCCUCAUUUUUAGCCCUUUUUAAUUCCUCUGAGGACACACUUGAACCUUGCCCGGUCAUGUUGUUUUCUUCCAGCACGAAUAAAAAUGGGAGGUUACAGAGCGUGCCCGUAUCAUAUCUGAUUUCAGCAAACUUUGCGUCAAAUGGCCAAAUGUCCUCCUCAUAACUUGCCUCAUCAAGAAUUUUUUUUUAAUGGAAUGUGAUGUCAAAAAGUGACGGACCAAUGGCAGCUGGUUUCAUCCUUGCCUCUAGGAACUCGCAGUAGUAAGUGAACUGUUAAUGUUCAGGGUUCUGCUGCCUUACUCCCAAAAGGUGGUGGUUAUGUUAGCUCAGUCAUCCCCCAACCCGGGGAAAGUCUGAAACAUCUGGAGGGCACCAUGUUAGUGAAUAAUGUAUUAACCAACUUCCAUUCCAGAUUUGAAAGGUCAUCUUAAACAUUCACAGGUAUUGUACUGGACUAUAGUCUUUCCAUUAUGUGAUAUCCAGUGUUGUACAAUAGAAGAUCUCCUUCCUUCCUUCCUUCCUUCCUUCCUUCCUCUCUCUCUCUCUCUCUCUCUUUCUCUCUCUCUCACACACACAGCCCCAGCUCCAGAGGGUCCCCCAACUAUCAGGAGCAGAUUUGGAGGGUGCAUGGGGGGGUUGCAGCUGGGAGAAGAAAGGGAAGCCCCAUUCCAUGAGGAAAAGUCUGUUCUGCAUGCAGACAGAUGCAAUCAGAUGCCACCAAUGCGUUUAAGUUUAAGGGAAACAGGCAGGCAAGUUUUGAUAACUAAGAAAUUGUAGAAUCAGCGAAAGGCUCAGUCAAGGUUUGUUAAUUUCAUUUCAAACUAAAAGACUGUUUUGCUUAAUCUGUGAUCCCAUGAGCUAUUGUGGAAGGACAAUACAGUAGCUUUUAAUUUACAAGCUAGAACACAAUAAAAACCACCCAUGUUUGUAGGAGCUUAUAAAAGCUUUACAUACUCUUUAAAUGUGAUUCAACCAUAGAAAAAUCAUUUGGUUUAAAUAUGGAUUACUAACCCAGAUCCCAACCAAUGUUGCUUUCACAGCAGCACGUACUGUAAUGCCUCUCUGCUUCUUUAAACCCUAAUUUUGACCUUCUAUUUUGAAUCACAUGAUCCCAGCUCUUGACAUAAUGGAGAAGAGACAAAGGAAGGUGCUCCCUUGCCCAGGUUAGGCCUCACAGACACACACAGGCCUCUAGUCACAUGCAGAGAAAGUUUGUCACAGCUCAGAAGGAAAUGGGAAGUUAGACUCCUGGCUGGUACAAUCAUACCUCAUGUUACGUCCGCUGCGAGUUACGUCUUUUGAAGUUACGUGCGCGCCGAAACCGGAAGUCCUGGAAUGGGUUACCUCCAGAUUUGGCGUGUGCGCAUGCUCAGAAGCACUAAAUCGCGCUUUGCGCAUGCACAUGCACAGAAGCACCAAAUUGCGUCAUACGCUUGCGCAGAUUCAGAGCUUCAGGAUGAGGCCUUUUCAUGUUGCGAACGGGCCUCACGAACAGAUCCCGUUCGCAACUGUACAAAGCAUCCACUAGCAUGUCCACUCUAGGAAUGUUGUACUUGAUUGCUAUGUGUUUCACAUCCCAUAUGUAUACAGCACAACUAGCUCUGUGAUGUAUGGAGGCCUUGCAGUGAGGAGGAAGAGGUCCCCUCAGCACUGCACAAAGCAGCCUAUAAUAGGGUUAGGACCAGGGGCAACAUUCCCACCAUGAAAAGGUAGCUCUGUUUCCUCCUCUGCAUUGGCAGAGGCAAUGAUACUUUUGGAUGCGAGAUGUUGGAAACUGCAAGAGGGGGAAAUCUUCUUGUGCUUGGGUCCUGCUUGCUGGUUUCCCAGAGGCUGGCCACCGUGAAUACAGGAUACUGGAUUGAAUAGGCCAUGGGCCUGAUCCAGCAGGGCUUUGUUAUAUUUUUAUGAGCACCCAUUGUUGUGUAUCCCCUCAAUUUCCAGGCAUGGUGCUAGUCUUAACCUAGAUUUCACGUGAAGCAGAAACAAGAGCUUCAAACUUACUCAAUUUUCCUGCCACAGUUAAGAAAAGUGAUACUAUCCCAGGCAACCACCAGGUGCCAUCUUGGACUAUGUACACAGUCCUGCAUUUACCCUACAUCCAGUACACUCCCAAAACUGGUUUAGGGACAACAGGUGCCUUGCUUUUCAGAAGGUUGCCGGUUUGAAUCCACACGACAGGGUGAGCUCCCGUUGCUCUGUCCCAGCUUCAGAAGCACACCAGUGGAAGUAGAUUAAUAGGUGCCACUGUGACCAGAAGGUAAACGGCAUUUCCGUGUGCUCUGGUUUCCGUCACGGUCUCCCGUUGCACCAGAAGCAGUUUAGUCCUGCUGGCCACAUGACCCGGAAAGCUGUCUGUGGACAAAUGCCGGCUCCCUCAGCCUGAAGCGAGAUGAGCGCCACAACCCCAUAGUCGCCUUUGACUGGACCUAACCAUCCAGGGGUCCUUAACCUUUAACCUACCUUACCUAGGAAGCAGAGUACACACGACAGUAGUCAUAAGUCAUACCUACCCUGUCGUUUCUUACGCAGAACUGUAUUUUGAUGCAUUCCCGCUUCCAAAAGCAGCUUCAAUCUAAAUUGAGAAAAGCAAUUGCCUAGCUGUGUUUUAAGUCAGAAAUGUGUACCGUACAUGGCCCUGCCACAGAUUCUGACCAUUGCAAGUGAUCUAGAGCAGCUCAUGCAUUGGGUGAGAACUGUCACUAAAUGAUUACUCUAAAAUGCAUCAUCUUGGGUUAAACUUUUCUUCGGCCCCUGAAGCUUUUCCUCCUACUUUCCCCCCUUGCAAUAAAACAAAACAUGUGUUGAACCUAGGCAAUCUCCAGAUGUCAUCUUCGUGACCUGUCACAUGUCCUGAUCACGCAUUCCACAGAAUUUCUCGGCACAGCGCAUUAGGCUAACCUGGAUUUGCAAGGUGCCUGACUCAAAUGUGUAACAAGGCAAAUAUGUUUGCAGAAAGGUGAUAGCGCUUCUUUGAGCAGAAGCUGAAUGAGCCAUGGAAAUCUGAAUUCAGAUGAACAAAAAGCUAGCACAGUGACUAGGGCCCAAUGACCAGGGGAAUUGAGUCCAACUAGUAGAGAGCCACAAGUUUUACCAUUCCUGCAAUAGAGGCUUGGGCUAGGACUCAGGAAAACAGAGUUUAAAUCCCCAAUGGGAUAUAAAUCACGCUGGAUAACCCAAACUGCAUCACUGUUUCUCAAUGCAUCCUACCUCACAGGACUGUUGUAACAAGAUAACCCUGUGCCCUACUUGGGAUUCAUUGUAGGGAAAGGGAGCUAAAAAUGCAAGAAAUAAGAGUUUAAAGCUGCAUCAACCACAAUAAAGUAUGACAGAUGAGGCCAGCAACUACCGGUAAAAUGUGUGUGUGCAUUUUAACCUGUGCAACUAAACACUGCACAGUGUCUCCGAAAGCUCUCUCUCACACACACAGCUGUGGAGCAAGCUGUCAGUAAGACUUCGGUGCUUGCACGGUUGAAUUUUAUUGCGCACAACAGGCAGUAGAUGGAGCUCCAGUGCAGGUUAAUUGCGGGCUGCUUCUUCCUCUCAGGCUUUUCAGACUUUCAGCUGAGCUGAAACACUUUGGUGGCCCCUGAGAAAGUUAGUCGAAUCCCCUUAACCUGCAAGAAGUGGGGUAUGCGAAAACAAGCUUCUUUCACACCACAGGGCUGGUGGUACGUCUUGGGGCCCUAACAGAUCCAACUCUGUCGCUUGGUAGAACGAGGCAGCCACCUCAGGCAGCUGUUUUUGGAUGUCAUGAAAAGGAAGCAAAUGGAUAGUAAAAAUAUAGCAAUAAUAAAUUUAAAUGCUGAACAUGAAAUGCCUCCUUUCUCAUAUUCUUGUGACAUCUACGGAUAACAACACAUUACUGUUAAUGCCAGUUAGAAGCAAGAGCCACAAACCACUGUGCUGCUCCCAUUAACACUGAAAUCUAUAUUUUUUUGAAAAAUGAAACAGCCAGCAAAAGGAAGUAAAGUAUUUUAAAAAAAUAAAAAUCUAGCUCACAUCCUGUUUACACGGUGUUACCCUCCCACUUCCUGCUAUGUCCCAUAAACAGCUGAGGUAGUUUACCUUUCAUUCUGGGAGUGUUUUAUUUGAUGUGUCUAUGGCCAGGCAUUUUAUAAGGAAAGCAGGUUUCCUUAUAGAGGGCUGUAGCGGUCACUCUGACCUGCACAUCACCACUGGACGUUUUACGGUCGAUUGGUGAUGUGCCAACUACAAAAUAAACACCUCCACCAAAACACCACAGACCAGGAUACAGAUAAAAUAAAACAAAGUUGCUUUAUUGUGUGUUCAUAUGCUUAAUGGUUGCAUUACAAAUCUUAGGUUGUUCUAAAUUUCAGAUGGUUCCUAUACCGGCCUAUUACCUCUAAUUAUAAAUUACCGGCCUAUUACCGCUAAAGUCAACUAAGUAAAUAUUUAUUAAUAAUCUCACAACUUUGUAUCCCGUCUGACUAAAUCACCACCUAUCCUCCUUCCAGGAGGACUCCCCUGCUCAGCGCCUGAAGGCCCCAGUCCUGCCACUUACCACCUGGCCUGGGCGGGGCCAAGGCCUAUAAGAACUGCUGUUGCUGCUGCUACCAGCCAGGAGGACUCCCCUGCUCAGCGCCUGAAGGCCCCAGUCCUGCCACUUACCACCUGGCCUGGGCGGGGCCAAGGCCUAUAAGAACUGCUGUUGCUGCUGCUACCAGCCAGGAGGACUCCCCUGCUCAGCGCCUGAAGGCCCCAGUCCUGCCACUUACCACCUGGCCCAGGGCGGGGCCAAGGCCUAUAAGAACUGCUGUUGCUGCUGCUACCAGCUAGGAGGACUCCCCUGCUCAGCGCCUGGAGGCCCCAGUCCUGCCACUCACCACCUGGCCCAGGGCGGGGCCAAGGCCUAUAAGAACUGCUGUUGCUGCUGCUACCAGCUAGGAGGACUCCCCUGCUCAGCGCCUGGAGGCCCCAGUCCUGCCACUCACCACCUGGCCCAGGGCGGGGCCAAGGCCUAUAAGAACUGCUGUUGCUGCUGCUACCAGCCAGGAGGACUCCCCUCCUCAGCGCCUGGAGGCCCCAGUCCUGCCACUCACCACCUGGCCCAGGGUGGGGCCUGAUGGGCUUUAUAAAGGACUGUUGCCGCCGCUGCUGCUGGGCAGAGAGGGCUCCAUUUUGUUUUGUUUUUUUGUUUAAAUUCCUGUUAUUUUUUACCUAUGUUAUUUUAAACUGUAUUAAGGAUGUAUUCUUAGUUUUAGAUUUUGAUUUAUGUCGAAAUUGUUUUCUAUUAGGUUGUGUAUUUUUUGAUGUGGUUUAUGUAUUUUUUGUGACUUUUGUAAUUGUACUAUUGCUGUAUUGUUUUGAUAUUCGACUGGAAGCCGCCCAGAGUGGCUGGGGAGACUCAGCCAGAUGGGCGGGGUACAAAUAAAAAAUUAUUAUUAUUAUUAUUAUUAUUCCUCAAUAUAUUAAACCAGCUCUCUCUGCAUAUAACCAACCACUCCUAGCUCAACACUAACUGACUCCCUCAACCUCAACUCAACUAACUGCCACUCGGGAGGGGUUUUUAUCCCUGGGCUGAGCCCGCCCCCGAGGGUUCUAUCUACUCCACACUUAACCCCUCACAUGCUGGGUCUGGUCUAGGUGGCGAAUCGCUACAAGGGCAUAAUCAGCUCUCUAACACUAUUUAUUGUGAGAAGCAGGUAUCAUGUGAAAAUGUUUCUCUCUCCUUCCCCGCCUCAACAGAUCUACUUUGGAAAACUGCUGCAAUGGCUUGCUGCUUCAGAAGUUAUUUAGCCAUGUGGAACAGAGCCAUGUGGAACUCAGUUCCGACAGCUCUCAAGUGACAGGGAGGCAUUCAUGCAGGGUAGUGUAAAAAUGGAAGAGCAGGGACCGAGGAGACCUAUUCGAAGGGAGAGCCUGGAAUCCAAAGGAAAGAGAUCUCCUGCAGGCCAAGUUGAGACUUUCGGGGAUCUUCUGCCUCAGGCAGAUUUACGUCAAAUUAAGCAGGAGCCAGAGGAGGAGGAGGAGCUGAAGCAGCACUGGGAUGCCCAGUGGCAGGAUUUCCUGAAGACAAUGCAACCACCUUGUUCAAGCUGGGAAACCCCACAGGCUCCCAUUCCUCCCCACUCCGGGGAUGGUGUCUUCCUGACAUCCUUCAAGGGAGCUACGGAUGACAGCCAGUGGCCCAGUGGGAGAGCAGGGGAGACAGACCAGACCCUGUUCCCAGACACUGAGGGGCUUCUAGGAAAGCAGGGUAGUGUAAAAAUGGAAGAGCAGGGACCGAGGAGACCUAUUCGAAGGGAGAGCCUGGAAUCCAAAGGAAAGAGAUCUCCUGCAGGCCAAGUUGAGACUUUCGGGGAUCUUCUGCCUCAGGCAGAUUUACGUCAAAUUAAGCAGGAGCCAGAGGAGGAGGAGGAGCUGAAGCAGCACUGGGAUGCCCAGUGGCAGGAUUUCCUGAAGACAAUGCAACCACCUUGUUCAAGCUGGGAAACCCCACAGGCUCCCAUUCCUCCCCACUCCGGGGAUGGUGUCUUCCUGACAUCCUUCAAGGGAGCUACGGAUGACAGCCAGUGGCCCAGUGGGAGAGCAGGGGAGACAGACCAGACCCUGUUCCCAGACACUGAGGGGCUUCUAGGAAAGGAAUUGUGGCCUGUGGAAGAUGUGGUUAUUAAGUCCCCAAAGUCUGAGCAGGAUCCCUUGGACACAGAGAACAUCCAUCUCUCUGUAAAGGCUGAGGGAGAGAGUGAAGAAGAGGCCAGCUUUCUGGGUGAGGAAGAUGACAAUCAGAAUUCUAUGGAGCCACCAGUGAAUUCAUUGGGAAGGACAAAGAAACAGUUUAAAUGCAGGGAAUGUGGGAUGUGCUUUAGUUACAGUGGAAGACUGAGGACACAUCAACGAAUUCACACAGGGGAGAAACCAUUUAAAUGUAUGGAAUGUGGAAAGAGCUUCAGUCAAAAUGUACACGUUAGAAGACAUCAACGAUCUCACACGGGGGAGAAACCAUUUAAAUGUAUGGAAUGUGGAAAGAGGUUCAGUAAAAGUGGAGCACUUAGAAUACACCAACGAACACACACAGGGGAGAAACCAUUUGACUGUAUUGAAUGUGGUAAGAGCUUCAGUCAAAGUGGAGCACUUAGAAUCCAUGAACGAACACACACAGGGGAGAAACCAUUUAAAUGUAUUGAAUGUGGAAAGAGCUUCAGUCAAAAUGAAGCACUUAGAAUACACCAACGAACACACACAGGGGAGAAACCAUUUAAAUGUAUUGAAUGUGGAAAGAGCUUCAGUCAAAAUGAAGCACUUAGAAUACACCAACGAACACACACGGGGGAGAAACCAUUUAAAUGUACUGAAUGUGGUAAGAGCUUCAGUAAAAGUGGAGCACUUAGAGUACACCAACGAACACACACAGGGGAGAAACCAUUUAAAUGUAUUGAAUGUGGAAAGAGCUUCAGUCAAAAUGAAGCACUUAGAAUACACCAACGAACACACACGGGGGAGAAACCAUUUAAAUGUACUGAAUGUGGUAAGAGCUUCAGUCAAAGUGGAGCACUUAGAGUACACCAACGAACACACACAGGGGAGAAACCAUUUAAAUGUAUUGAAUGUGGAAAGAGCUUCAGUCAAAAUGCACACCUUAGAAUACAUCAACGAACACACACAGGGGAGAAACCAUUUAAAUGUAUUGAAUGUGCAAAGUGCUUCAGUAACAAUGAAACACUUAGAAUCCAUCAACGAUCUCACACGGGGGAGAAACCAUUUAAAUGUAUUGAAUGUGGUAAGAGCUUCAGUGAAAGUAGAGCACUUAGAAUACACCAACGAACACACACAGGGGAGAAACCAUUUAAAUGUAUUGAAUGUGGUAAGAGCUUCAGUGAAAGUGGAACACUUAGAGUACACCAACGAACACACACAGGGGAGAAACCAUUUAAAUGUAUUGAAUGUGGAAAGAGCUUCAGUAAAAAUGAAUCACUUAGAGUACACCAACGAACACACACAGGGGAGAAACCAUUUAAAUGUAUUGAAUGUGGUAAGAGCUUCAGUAAAAGUGGAGCACUUAGAGUACACCAACGAACACACACAUGGGAGAAACCAUUUAAAUGUAUUGAAUGUGGAAAGAGCUUCAGUAACAAUGAAGCACUUAGAGUACACCACCGAACACACACAGGGGAGAAACCAUUUAAAUGUAUUGAAUGUGGUAAGAGCUUCAGUAAAAAUGAAGCACUUAGAAUCCAUGAACGAACUCACACGGGGGAGAAACCAUUUAAAUGUAUUGAAUGUGGAAAGAGUUUCAAUGAAAGUGGAGCACUUAGAAUACACCAACGAACACACACAGGGGAGAAACCAUUUAAAUGUAUUGAAUGUGCAAAGUGCUUCAGUAAAAAUGAAGCACUUAGAAUACACCAACGAACACACACGGGGGAGAAACCAUUUAAAUGUACUGAAUGUGGUAAGAGCUUCAGUAAAAGUGGAGCACUUAGAGUACACCAACGAACACACACAGGGGAGAAACCAUUUAAAUGUAUUGAAUGUGGAAAGAGCUUCAGUCAAAAUGCACACCUUAGAAUACAUCAACGAACACACACAGGGGAGAAACCAUUUAAAUGUAUUGAAUGUGCAAAGUGCUUCAGUAAAAGUGGAGCACUUAGAAGACACCAACAAACUCACACGGGGGAGAAACCAUUUAAAUGUAUUGAAUGUGGUAAGAGCUUCAGUCAAAGUGGAGCACUUAGAGUACACCAACGAACACACACAGGGGAGAAACCAUUUAAAUGUACUGAAUGUGGAAAGAGCUUCAGUAACAAUGAAGCAGUUAGAAUCCAUGAACAAACUCACACGGGAGAAACCAUUUAA